GUCAUGUCUGACAGCAGACGAUUUUUCUUUAUUUAAAAUGUACGCAAUGAUUAUUAUUGCUACUGUCUAGAUCUAAAUCAAUUUAAUCUGAAAUGUAUCAAAGAGCGACUAACGAGCCAGUCAUCUUGUUCGCAUCGCGACCAUGCUUUGAUGAGUUUUGUGCGAUGACAAUAUACAUUUCCAAUCCGGGAGAUUUUGAAAUGACUUCCCAGCCACACGUUAUUCGUUGCAGGGAGCUAUUAUUCACAGAACCAGAAAUAAUAUCUACUCCAUCAUUAGAUUUUGAUCAAUGUUUUUAUGUAAUAAUGCAUCACAAACUGUACAAAACUGGUAGAUUACAGACACGAUUUGAAAAGAAAGGUCUGAAAGCAAGCAGUCCAUACAGAGUGUUACCAGCAUUGUAUCAAGCUUGCUUGAGAUACACUUUAACAGCUAAAAUAGCUCCUUCGUGGAACAAAGUUGGUGAAUGGCAUUUACAAGGUAGAGAUUUUGUGACACAUAAUGGUUACAUGAAUGGAAUAAAAAUGAAUCUGGUUGUAAAUUCAGAUGAAGUGUAUAUGUCAGUAUUUGGUACAUCAGUAAAAUGUCCACAUUUACAGAUACAUGAUUUAGAUAUUGAUACUACUAGAUUAAGUAGAAUGUUUGAAGGUGAUAGGAGAUUUCAAACAUUAGAAUUAAAUCAAUGGUGUUAUAUUUUACCAAGCAUGAAGAAAGGUAGAAUAGUCAGUGUGUCUAGACAAAUACCUCAAUAUGAUUGUCCUUUUACAACCUAUAAAGAUCUGAAAAAACACUGGAAAAAUACAUAUGGAUAUAGAUUACCAGAAACAGAUGAAGAAAUUUUAUUCUAUCAAGUUACAUUCUUACCAUUAGGAGGUCGUUUAUUUACCUAUCCUAGUGUGUGUUUAUGUAGUCGUAACUUACAAACAAUGCCAAGAAUAGAUCCCAAACCUAUCAUAACAGCUUUUUUACAAGAUAUACAUAAUAAAAUACCAUCAAUAUGUGGACAGUCAUUCCAAUUUCAACCAAAAAUAAGAUACACACAGCAAGAAUUUCUGAUUAGUUCUGAGAUAAAAGAUCAACCAAAAGAGAAACUGAAUCUUGUGUCAAGAAAUCCUAAACCACCUACUAUCCCCUUACGAAACUUAAAUCAAGUUCAACAUAUGUAUCAAUCAAAAAUUAUCAAUAACAUCAGUAGAAUUACUCAAUCAAAUAUUGAUUGUCAAUCAACACCUUCCUCCAAUCAGAAUGAGGAUAUCUUCCUUUCUCAAUCAAGAAAUCAAAUGUCAUUUGAUAACCAUGGAUCUACAGGCACUAGUGAAAAUAUCAAUUUCAAGAAAAAGGGUACUGUUAAUAUACCUAAUACUGGAAGAAUCAAAUCUGUGGACAAAAUUUCUUCAAAUGUGGUACCAGUAACUUCUCAUGUUGAUGCAUCUCAAGAACAAAACAGAUCUUCAAGAAUCAUUCCAUUGUUUCGACCUAAAUCCAAAUCUGCUGGCAGACAAGUUUACAAACCUGAAGGUCCCAAACAAGUACCAUCUUUCAGUUCUAGAAUCAAACAUACCAUUCCUGUUAUUCCUCAAAAAACGUUCUCUUUGGAAAGUGUGUCCCCUGUGAAACUGGUCUCAAAUUUGUCACAGCCAAAAACUCUUCCAGUUUUCUCCUCCCAAAAGACAAAACCAGCCUUUACUCAUAAACCAGUCAGUUCAGUUCAGAAGCCUAGUGCAAAUAUUACACCAAAGCUGUGUCCUAACUUUAGUCAAAAGAAGAUAAAGCAACUUUCCACAUCACUUUCCAAGUCAACUCAAAAAUUAAAGACACAGAAUAGAAGCUCUGCCAAUAAAGAACCCGCAAUAAAGGCUCCAGAAACUCCUAAACCCAAGACUUCAGCCACUAAAACAUGCAGUCCCGGGAGUGUCCCCAGAGGCCUAGUGGUACAGAGUACACCAACAGAGAGGAGAUUUGUUCCCUUUGGAGCCAAUCCUAAGGCCCUGUCAACACCAAAGCCAAGAUUAUUAAAUCCAUCAAUUCCUCAUUCUAAAACGCCAGUAUUUUCUAUCACUGACAGUGACACUGUUGAUACUAGUUUUGAUGUAUUUAAUAAUUUAGGAUCUAAUAAUCCUAUUGUGCCUGUAACACCAAAAGCAACAACAAACCUAUCCAACAAUUUCUCUACACCUAAACCUGGUCAACAGGUUGGCAACCAGAUGUCAGAAAAUUGGAUGCUCAAGACUCCUGAUAAGAAGGCUAAGAAGAGAAAGGAGACUGUAACACCAUCAUUAUCACAGGGUGAGGGUGAGGGUGGUGAAGCUAAAAAACCUAGAGCUAAACCUAAAAUACAAGUUGUUGAUGUAGAAAAAUUAGCUAGAUCAAAUCAGAUGGGCAAAGCUAAUGCAUUAACUUUAACAACUUGGCUUAAACAAAGAAAUAUUGUUGUCAAAGCUAAAGAUAAGAAGAAUGAUUUGGUGGAUAAAGUUUUCUCAUUCCUGAAUCUAGCAAAACCUACAGAACUUACUUCACCUUCCACGAAAUUAACACCCAAAUUAGUUCCAAGUACACCUCAUAAUGCAGAGUUUGAUGAUUCUUCUUCUAGUGUUUUCCAGAUUGCGCAAACAGAACAUACUCAGAAACCUACUGAAUUUUCACAUUCAUUGUUCAAUACUUUACAGAAUCCUGAACCUUAAUUACUGAAUAUUUUUGUUCUUAACCUGAUUGUUGUGAUAUUUAUAAAUGUGAUAUUUUUCUGUGAUAUUUAUAAUUUGAAUUAAUAAUUAUGAUAUUAAAGAAUG